AUGCCCAGCAGCGAAGCGGUGCCGCUGGGGCUGGGCGCCUGCCGCAGGUCGGGGGCGCUGGGCGGGAUGCUGUCGCUGGUGGCGCGGCUGCUGGAGUGGCUGCGCUCGCUGUUCUGGAAGGAGGAGAUGGAGCUCACGCUGGUGGGGCUGCAGUACUCGGGCAAGACCACGCUGCUCACCGUGCUGGCGUCGGGGCAGUUCACAGAAGACAUGAUUCCUACAGUAGGCUUCAAUAUGAGAAAAAUAACAAAAGGAAAUGUUACCAUAAAGGUGUGGGACAUUGGAGGACAGCCAAGGUUUCGAAGCAUGUGGGAGCGUUAUUGCAGAGGAGUCAAUGCAGUUGUUUACAUGGUGGAUGCAGCAGACUUAGAAAAAGUAGAAGCUUCAAAGAAUGAGCUACACAGUUUGAUAGAUAAGCCACAAUUGCAUGGAAUUCCAGUGUUAGUUCUUGGAAAUAAACGAGACCUCCCAGGUGCACUGGAUGAGAAGCAGUUAAUUGAGAAAUUAAACCUUUCAGCUAUUCAAGACAGAGAAAUCUGUUGCUAUUCUAUUUCCUGUAAAGAGAAGGAUAAUAUAGACAUAACAUUACAGUGGCUUAUUCAGCACUCCAAAUCAAGAAACUGUUGA